AUGGCUCGAGAUCUCGAUUUUCCCGUCAUAAUCGUUGGAGGGGGAGGAUGUGGCUUGUCCAUGUCGUCGUUCCUUUCCGACUAUGGAGUCGAUCACAUCCUGUUCGACCGCAAGACCGUGGCCUCGGCUCUUCCAAAGGCGCAUUACCUCAACCAGAGGACCAUGGAGACGUUCAGGCUGCAUGACAUGCACAGAGAGAUCCAAAAAAGAAGCUGCCCUCCUUAUCGAAUGAGCCAGGUUGCAUGGGCCACUUCACUCGGAGGCGAUGGGCCUCUGGACAGAAAAGUGAUUCACCAAUUCCCGUGCUUUGGUGGCGAUGACGGUGACCUCAAAGCACAAGCAUACAAAAGAGACAGUGCAGCAAGAUCCGCAAAUCUCCCACUUUGCAGACUGGAGCCCAUCCUGCGGCAGAUAGCUGAGGAAAGAAACCCUGGACGUAUCUGUUUUGGACAUACAGUCGUCGACUUUCACGAUACCGGCGACCAUGUCGAAGUCACCGUCCAAGACACAACUGGGAACAUCUCCACCUAUCGCACGCGAUAUCUCAUAGGUGCAGACGGUGGACGUACCAUUGGGCAGAAGAUAGGUGUCACGAUGCAAGGCCCAACCGGAAUCACUGACAUGGUUUCUGUUCACUUCGGAGCAGACCUCUCCCAGUACUGGGAUGAAACAUUCUUCGCCUGCCAUUUCAUCAAUGGCGAGUGCGGAACGAUCUUCGAGAGCGGAGCCAUAGUCCCCAUGGGCCCAACAUGGGGCAAGCAGUCUGAAGAAUGGGUCAUGCAUUUUGGGUUUGCACUGGACGAUGAGGCCAGGCACCAGGAGGACAGACUGAUACCUCGAAUCCGCGAUCUCCUCAAGAUUCCAGAUCUAGAGAUCAAAGUCCACAGAAUCAGUCACUGGAUUAUCGAAAAGGUGGUCGCCGACAAGUAUCGCGUUGGCCGCGUGUUCCUCGCCGGUGACGCCGCCCAUAGACGCCCUCCAACCACGGGGCUGGGCCUGAAUACGGCAAUAGAAGAUGCACUCAACCUGUCUUGGAAGUUAGCCAUGGUUCUCAAGCACAACGUGGAAACCAAGAUCCUGGACACCUAUGACCGAGAGCGACGACCAGUCGGCAAAAGAAAUGCCGACUGGGGGUUGUUCACCUUCGAGAACUCUGCUGUCAUUAACGCGGCCAUUGGCUUAGUUACCGGACAGAAGGAGAAGAAUAAGUCCAGAUUCGAGGCGGUGUUUGAAGACUCCCUGACUGGGCGAAGCAUCCAAGCGCAGGUGAAGAAAAUGAUCGAGUCCCAAAGCAUCGAAUUUGGAGCACAUGGCAUCGAGCUUGGGUUCACGUAUGAGGAUGGACUCAAGAUCGGAGAUGGCAUUGAAACUCCCGAAAUAGAUCAUCUUGGGCAGAAAUAUUUCCCCACGACCAGACCAGCACACCGACUUCCUCAUGCAUGGUUGGUCUUGGACGACCGAGUCAUCUCCACGCACGAUCUGGUAGGAUCCAAGGGGUCAUUCUUGCUUCUGACUGAUGACAAUGGGCUUGAAUGGGCGGCAGCUGCAAAACGACUGGUUCUUCGGUAUAAGAUUCCUAUCCAGACAGCCAGAAUUGGUGAGUCUCUGAGGGAUCUGACCGACCAGUGGGAGAGGGUCAAGCAACUCGAGGAUGAGGGUGCGAUUUUGGUCAGACCGGAUAAUUUCAUUGCCUGGCGAUCGCGGGGUCCGUCAAAGGCUAAUGGCCAAGAGCUGGAAAUUGCUUUUGCUGAGCUGCUGGGACUUCCACAGCCUGUCAUUGAGGAGUCUAUGCAGUUGACAGUAAAUUGA